CAUGGAGCUGCACGGUGAGCGCUUAUCUGCUCCCGCAGCUUCGUCGUCUUCUGGGGAUCGCUCGCAGGUCACUGUGUCCAGGGAGCUGCUGACCGCGGGGAGCUCGGGUUCGCGAGGUAUCUGGGACCAGUUGCUCAUCAGCUCUAAGCCCCAGCCCAGGAAGACCUCUACUGUUCAAACAGUUCGCAUGCAGAGGAGCCCUUUGUUAGACCAAGUGCAGGCGUUCCUCCCACAGCUGGCCCAGGCCAAUGAAAAGCUUCGGAAGGAAAUGGCGGUUGCUCCAGCGGAUCGCUUCGAUAUUGAAAACACCGAGGGGACAUCCGGGAACAUCGUACAGAUGGAUGUGGCCUUAUUUGAGAUGAAUCGGUCAGAUUCAAAGGAAGAGGACAGCUCAGAAGAGAGCUCCGCGGACAGCUCCGCGGACAGCUCCGAGUCCGAAGAUGAAGACUGCACCCCCUCCGAAGUCACUGUGGACAACAUAAAGCUUCCGAGUGCAGAAGGUGGCAGAGGCAAGAUUGAAGUGCUAGACAGUCCGGCAAGUAAAAAGAAGAAGCAGUGAGGUAGAGGGACGGAGAGAGGCAUGAGCCACACCUGCGACCUGUGGGGAGGGCGGUCCCCGGGGUCCUGGGCUUCAAGGUCCCUAUGGUGCCUUAACUGUCAAAAAGGAAAAUUCACAAAUUUCGGGGUGUUGUACAUAGAAAGUGUUCAGACUGCAGGGAAGGUCGUGCCCUUGGAAACUGAGCAGGGAAAUAUGGAAGAAAUGACUGGAUUGGCUACGUGCAGAUAUUUGCCCAAGUUGGCAUGGUCUGAACGGUGAGGUCUGGGACUCAUUGAAGCUUCAUUCAUGCUAAAAUCAGGGUAUUGGUUACAAAAUUCCCACUUCCAAAUUAGAGUUUGGUUUGUUCGUGUACCAAAGCAGGUUACAAUUUGUUAUAUAGGAACUGGGUACUAGAGACGAGCCCAGGAUAAUGGCCCCCUGCCAUUGAAGGUGUUUUUAUUUCAUUUUAGUCACAAAAACCAAAGCUGCCUUUUAAAGUUCUGUAAUGGAAAGCAUGUGAUUGACAUCCUGUGAGGGUAGACUGACGUUUGCUCUUGCCGUGAAGAGCUUUAGUGUUUACAAAUUCCUGCUAUAUCACUGUGUAUAUGUUGGUGUAUGAAUUCAUGUAAACAUUGUCUUCAAACUGUAAUGGUGCCGCAGCCUAAAGAAUGACUCCAGUUCUCCUGUGACUUGGGUAGCUGUUCUGACUCAGUGGUACUGAUUUAUGAGGACUAGUUCCCGAGGUGAGAAGAGGAGGUACCCCCCCCCCUCAGGCGACUUGAGUGUAGGACCAGGCCCUGGCUACCUGGAGGGCAUAGCAACAGCUCUCACCUACCUAGGUGGCUUGACAUGCUGUGUGCUGAUGACUCCUCUGACCCUGGGUCUCUAGUUGGUCCUCUGGCAGCUGCUGCUCCUCCACAGUAAGGACAGGUUAGGGCAUCAGCCCUGAACCCAUUUCCCCCCCUCUAGCUCUUGGCGCUUUCAUGCAUCCUCUUCCUUUCUCGUCCCUGAGCCUUAGAGAUACUAUUUCCCCCUGAGAACUGAGCCAUUGGGCUACUGUACCAAACCAGGAGCAGACAAUUGUGGAGCCUUCCUCCGAAAGCGAUCCAGGCUGUCAGAAGGGCACACACUCCUGAGCCAGUGGUCAAAAGCAUCCUGCAUGACCAAGUAUUGUGUCUUAAUUGGGUUCUCUGUUAUCCAGUGACUGCACACAUCCUGACCACAGCUGUGUGGUGUUUUUCCAUUUACCAGAUUUUUAGACUGAAGAGACAUCUGAUGGGUGUAGUUCUGAGUUUGGUAAUAAGCUUAGCCAGGGCUUUGCUUAUAUUGCCAGCAUAGGGCCCUUGCUUAGGGACUGGGUAUUCCUGUGACAGAUAAUGGCUUCACACCUUGGUGAGUGCCAAGCUGCAGAGCCACAGCACAGGCGUAAAAGAGUAAAGCGUUCUUUUUUACCAUGUGCAGGAGAACAGAUUGUAUAGUUUUCAAACUGGACAUGCUCCCCAACUAACGCUGGACUCUAUUUGGGAAGCUUGUGCAUAAUUACAAAGAGAAGGAUUUUUGGAGGCCGAUCCAUUUACCUCUGUGUUCUUGGUUACAGAGGAAAGGUGGCAGGAACAUCCUUAGGGAUUGCCUAUGUUGUAAAGACAGGUGGGGAAGGUUCUCUAGAACUCGGCGGUGGUCAGCGGCUGACCUGGGAUAGCUAGGUUAUAGGAGGUGACUGACAGCUCAGAGAGGGCCUAGGAGUGGAUCUAGGUGUGUCCCCUCACAUGGAAAUAGAAAGCCUCCCACAUGGCUGCUGUUUGUUUACCUGGUGCCCUCUUGCAACUUAAAGGAGGCAGCCACUGUGCACCCAGUGGAUCAGAAUCA